AAAUUCAAAUAUCGCGGUUGCAAUUACAUUAAGUCUGAUCAAAGACUAAGAGUAUCAUUUAUAUAAGUAUAAGGAAGAUCGAUAUCAGCAUGGCGGUAAAAGAGCGGCUCUAUUCAGCGUGAUUGGAAAUGAAGAUUAUUAUGGCUCAGAUUUUAUAUUAUAUAAUAGGAAAGUGCAUUUCUAUUGAAGUGCAUUUUUCGUGUUGUUUAAUAGCAUCUUAAAGGAGUAUAAGAAUAAAACAAAAAAUACAACGUUAAGUUUGUUUUUAUAAGUGAGAAAAGAAAACUUAAAAAAAAAAAGCUUGAAAUUACAAUUGACAAUUGAAACUGAAGUUCUCAACCCGGUACAUUGAAGCGUAAACAAUCACCAUGGCAAAGUACGAAGAUAUUGCAUAACAUUAGCCUUAUCUAAUUAUAGCAGCAUAGAAAAUGCAUCUUUAAUUCAAUGAUAAUGCUUUGUUUACUAUUUCACGCUAUAAACUGUAUUGCUAUUACACCUGAUUCAUUGGUUGAUCUUUCGGCGGCAUGUCCCUUUUUAAAUCUUUAAUUUUUGUCAAAGAGAAUGCUGAUUUUAAGUUGGUAGAGAUGAUGAUAGUAUUUGUUUAUGACACUAUACGAUGUUGUAAAGAAGAUGACGAUCCUGCAGAAGCAGUUAUGUAUUUUCAUCCUGCAUGGGUAUCUCUUACCCAAAGGUUAGCUUUAGCAGGUCAACUAAUGGCUAUUAAUCAAUUUCUUUCAACUUCAUUUUCCAAUCCAAAAUCAAUUACAUUACAAGGAGGGAAAUUUGUAUUAAAGAAGUUUGGUCAAUAUAUACUUGUAAAAAGACGUGCGAACACAUUAGAAUCAUUAUUAAAAUUCUUUCAUUAUGAUUUAAAUAAAAUAUUGGAGUCAUUUAAUAAUGACAGGAAUAAAUUUACAGAGAAACUUUAUCAAAUGUUUGAAACAUAUUUGCCAAUACUUCAAUACAGUGCCAAUCUUUUUUCCAAUAUUCCUAUUAUUAAACUUCCUAAAAGUGCUAGUAAUAUAUUUUUAGAAGCAAUUCAAGUUUUACAAUAUUUUCAAGAAAUUAAUGGUAUUAUAGGUGGUGCACUCUUUUAUAAUAACAAAGUAGUUGCAACUCAAUUGAGCGCUGAAUUGACCAAACAAAUUGUUAUAACUGAUCCAUAUAGAAUAAAGGCUCCUGCAGAAAGAAUAUCAACAGAAUUUCAUCUACCUGUGGGAGUACAGUUAUUACAAGUAUAUAUAGAACAAAAACAAUUUAUAAAACUUACACAAGAAGCAAAUAAUGAACGAUAUUACAGUUCUUAUUUAGAUUCUGUUACUAAAAAAAUAUCACAAAGAAAGAAUAUGUCUAAGAACAAUAAAGAACCUCCUUUGUCUGGGAUGAAACGAGAUACUUCUCGUAUUUUUACUGUACCUGAAGAAGGAGAAUUAGAUUCAUCACAAUACAAUGAUAACAGUCACUAUGUAUCUUCUGUUCCAUUAACAGCUUACAGUUCUCCAGUGAAACGUAAACAGGAAAGUAAAACAGACCGUCCUAAAUGUAUAAAUCCUUUGACUCCUAGCGUGUGCUCUACGCCUUUGAGAGAUAUUAAUAGAGUAUUACAUGGUAAUGCUGUAUUAAUAUGUAACACAAACGAAGAUACAAAUAAUGAAAUAGAGGAAGAAAAAAAAGAAAUAAAAAUAAAUGUAGAUGAUAUUCCAGAUGUCGUUAAGGAAGCACUUAGAUGUAAACGUUUAAAUAAAUUAAAAACCGUUAUUCCAAAAGAAAAAAUUUUUAAACGGAGAGAAUUUAAUAAGAAAAGCUUAAGUAUGCAUGAUUUAGAAUCGUCUAAUUUAUGCUCUACUCGAAUAUCAGUAAGAACAUAUGGAUUAGGAUUGCCACAGUUAAAACAAAAUAUAUCUCCUGAAACUUCUCCUCAAAAAAAACCAUUAUAUAAAAAACAAUUUCAUACAAUUACUGAUCCAUGUUAUCCUGUAUUUCGAUGUGAUGGAUUACCAGCAUCUCAAUCUUUAUACGAACAAUACAUAUCUUCGCAUUAUGAAGAACUGAAAGAUGAUCGAAAUAAUACAAUUAAUCGUAAUGAUUUUUUAACAAAUUUGACUAAUAAUUGUAACGCAAAAAAUAUAAUGAACAACUGUGAUACUAUAAUCAAUGAUAAUUUAGAAAAAUCAAGUAAUUCCCGCGAUAUAAAAUUAGAUAAUAAAGUAAAACAAGAAACUUAUCGUAGAUCGAUGAGUCUUCCUUUGAAACCACUUAAUAUUACUGAAAAUGAUGAUAGACGAAAAUCAGCAACAGAGUGUGGUAACGUAUAUGAUUUUCUUCAAAAAAAAAAACUGGAUGGUUUACAAUUAACUCCUCUUAUGUCUAAACUUAGUUUACUUGCUGAUGAAAGAACUAGUGGUUUUUGUAGUAGAGAAACAACUCCUAGCGAAUUUCGCGAUUUAUCUGGCUUUUCGACAGCAACAAAUCAAAUGAUUAAACAAAAAUUGGAAGCAGUUAAUAAAGAAACUGGUAGUGAUGAUGAAGAUGAAUUGGAAGAAGAUUGGAUAACUACUUCCAAAAAUGAUGUUUGUCUUGAAAAAACAGAAUUAUUUCUCUGUGGACAUCAUAACAUGGUAUUGGUAUUGUUAAUGGAAAAUGGAACUGCUAAUAAUCCUGAUCUUAUACAUUCUCUCUGGCAAACUUGUGUGAAUACUUUAGGGAAACUUGAAGUAAGAUUGCAACAAUGUUUAGAGCCUUUGCCAUCAACUGAAAAUAAAGAAUUAUAUAGUAUUUUAAGUAUUGAUCCUCAUUGGGAUACAGUAAACCGUUCUGGACUUUGGGGUGUUACUGAAUUAGACAUUGUUUCUUGUCUUCAUGAUAGAUUUACACAUGCCAGUAAUCUUACAGAUAUCACUGUCAGAACGGAAGAUACUGUUGUUUAUGGUAAUCAAUGUGGAAAUGUAGAGAUAUUUUAUCAACAAGCAAUGGCUCCUAAUACUUCUGGUGGACUUCCAACUCCUGCAGAUUUAAUGGGUAUUGUGUCUCUUAAAGCAAAACGUAGAUUAGAAAGAGACCAUGGAAUUGUAUUAUUAUAAAUCAUAAU